AUGACGAAGUUGGCGCAGUGGCUGUUGGGACUAAUCCUGCUGGGCGGAGCCUGGGUGACGCUGACCUUUGACCUGCUGGGUCUGGAUCCGCCCCGGGCCUGUUGGGAGGUGCUGUGGCCCCUCCCCGUCUACCUCCUGGUGGUCUUCGGCUGUUACUCUCUGGCCACCAUUGGCUACCGCGUGGCCACCUUCAAUGACUGCGAGGACGCCGCCCACCAGCUUCAGGAUCAGAUCCGACAGGCCAGGAGGGAGCUGAGCCGGAGGGGGAUGAGCUUCUGA